AACAGGCUCAAACACAUUCUGCCUGAGGUGAUUACUGAAUUCCAAAGUGCGUUUGUUCCUAGGAGGCUAAUCACAGACAAUGUGAUGGUGGCUUUUGAAUGCUUCUAUUCAAUGAAAGGGAGGACAAAAGGAAAGAAGGGAUUUAUAUCGGCUAAACUGGACAUUUGUAAGGCGUAUGACAGAGUUGAAUGGGGUUUCUUGGAGGCUAUAAUGAAGAAACUGGGGUUUGAUGAUAGAUGAGUGGCUAUGAUGAUGGCUUGCGUCACAACAGUGUCUUAUUCUAUACUGGUUAAUGGCCAUCAGACUGAAACUAUUGUUCCUACUAGAGGCUUGAGGCAGGGAGGCCCAAUAUCCCCAUAUAUGUUUCUAUUCAUUGCUGAGGGCUUGUCUGCUCUUCUUUCAAAGGCGGAGAGGGAGAAAAGAGUUGAAGGCAUUAAGGUCAAGAGAGGAGCUCCCUCCAACUGACACCUACUAUUUACAGAUGACAGUGUACGAUUCAUGAAGGCAUCCAAGCCUGAAUGUGAAAAACUAAGAGUCAUCCUAAAUUUCUACGAGCAGGAAUCCGGACAAAAAGUUAACUUAGAUAAAUCAGAAAUCUCAUUUAGCCCUAAUGUGGAAGAGAAUAAGAGACAAGAAUUGGAUAUAGUUCUCGGCAUGAAGAUGGUGGACUAUCAUACAAAAUACCUGGGCCUCCCUACUGUCAUAGGCAGAAGAAAGAAAAAAAAAAUAGCUACCUAGUAGAUAAGGUUUGCAGGAAAGUGAAGCUAUGGAAGGGGAAGCUGCUAACUUUUGGUGGCAAGAAAGUACUGAUCAAGGCAGUGGCUCAGGCACAAGUAACCUUUUCUAUGCAGGUCUUCCUCAUACCUAUCUCUGUAACACAAGAAAUUCAAAGCCUGGUCUCUAAAUUCUGGUGGGGCCAAAAAGACUCUGAAAGAAGGACUCCCUGGGCCAGUUGGCAAGAACUCUGUCGCCCCAAAAAGCAGGGAGGACUUGGAUUCAAGAAUCUACACGAAUUUAACCUGGCUCUCCUAGGGAAGCAACUAUGGAAUCUGAUACAAAACCCUCAUUCCUUGGUGGCCAAGGUCAUGAAAGCUAAGUAUUUCCCCUCCCGAGAGGUGCUGGAAUCUGAAGAGGGAUAUAAUCCUAGUUACAUCUGGAAAAGAAUUCCGGCUGCUAAGAAACUGAUGAAGGAUGGUUUAAGAUGGAGGAUUGGAUAUGGAAGUAGAGUCGACAUUCGGCAAGACAAAUGGAUUCCUAGCUCAACAAACUAUAAAGUGGUCUCUCCAUUCUCUGAUUUUUCCUCACACACUUCUGUAAACGAGCUUAUUGAUGCAGAGUCGAGAACUAGGAACCAAGUCGUACUACAAACUCAUUUUCUUCCUCAUGACAGAAAACAUAAUGAAAAUCCCUAUCCCAAGAUAACCAGCUCGGGAUAAGAGGAUUUGGAGUAAAGAAAGGUCUGGUAUCUAUACAGUUAAAUCGGCUUACAAAUUCCUACGAAGCAGUGAGGAAAAAGAACUUGGAGAAAUCUAUUCCCAAAUUAAUUGGGAGCAAAUAUGGAAACUCAGAUUCCCCCCAAAGGUUAAAGUAUUUGUGUGGAGAUGGAUUCGUAAUAUUCUGCUAACAGGGGCAAACAUACUGAAGAGAACAACUAAAGGAUGUGAAGAGUGUCCCUUCUACGGCCAAAAGGAGACUCAAAAUCACAUCUUUUACUACUGUGGCUGGGUAAGGAGAGUUUGGUGCCCUAGUGUUCUAAGCAAUUGUUUUGAGAAAGGGAAAGAACUGACCUGUGAAGAAUGGAUGGUAUGGGUGGUAAUCGGUCGAUAUUCGCUAUUCGGUAUACUGGCAAUUGAAAUUAUGUAGCCGAAUACUGAUAUCGAAAGUUAUCCGGUAUAACGGAUACUGGUUAGUCGAUUACCGGUGUUUUAACCGGUAUACCGGAUAGAUUGUUUUCUUCCAAAAUUGCAGUCAUUGAAUUGUGAGCUCUAAAAUCGCUGAAAAUAAACCUUUCGGAUUGAACUUACUUCCAAAUUUCCAGCCCCUGCUCCAGCCAAAACCUCGGGUUGUUUGACUUUUACUUCCCGUCCAAUACAAUGGGUUCUUGCAAUGCCGCCGACAGAUCCAUUUUCCGCCCCUCCGCUCGCAAUUCGGCGGUCAAACCAAGGCUGCUCCAAAAUCCUCUCCAGCUUCCUCCUUUAGUGCUUCCGCCAACAAGCCUCUCUCUCGACCUGCCUUCAGGUAGGCAUUAUUUAUUCACAACUGCAUAUUAGUUCUGUAAUUGCAUUGUUUCAAGUUUCUUCUUUUUUUUUUGUUUGUGUUUAUUGUUUAUGAUUUCUUUCUGUUUUUGGAUUGGGACGCAGAUUUCCAGUCGAGAUGAGUUCUACAGUGGAAUCUAUGAGUUCUGCGGUGGAGUCCAUGCGGUGGAAUCCACCUUUGCCCUUAUUUCAUAUAUGUUAUUUCAGUAUUCCAGUAUACCGAAUUACAGUUGGUAUAUUACCGAGUAUUAUCCGGUAUACCGUUAUGCCAAAUCACGUCAUCGAAUACCGAUACCGCCGGUAUUCAGUACGGUAUCCGGUAAUACCGAUUACCGGUUUACCGAUUACCACCCUUAUUGGAUGGCAAACCCCCAAGAGACUGAAUACGAGGAGCAGAUCGCUCAAUUCCUGGCAGCGCUCUGGUUUAUUUGAGAAGAACGCAAUUGUCAAAAGUGGAACAAAAAGAAACUUGAAGAAUAUGAGAUAAUGGGGAAAGCAGAAAAAUGGUUGUUGGAGUUCCUCGAACUUCAGCAUGCAACGAGGGAGAAUGGACCCAGACAGGAGAUUCGAUGGAAACCUCCGGAUCGUGCUGACAACAAGAUUAAUGUUGAUGCCGCUACCUUCGCCGGAGCAGGGACUGGACUGGGGUGGUAAUUCAAGACAAAAUUGGAGGGUUUUGCUUCGUCGGAGUAUGGAGGUCGUGAAUUCAAUGGACGACGGAGUUGGCUGAGAUCCAUGCCAUUAAAUUCGGUAUUGAGGUUGCGAUAGAGAAGGGAUUUAGACCGGGAGAGAUUGAAACUGGCUGUCUCAGAGUAGUGUAGCAGACGAGAAGGAGGAAGAGUCUUUAACGGAGGAAGGGGCAGAAUGUGAAGAAAUGAAAGAAAAGCUCGCUGGUCUAAAUGGGGAUUUGAUGAUCCGGUUUUUGGGCGAGGAUAGUAACCGGGCGGCACACAUAAUGGCCCAUACCCAAUGUGGGUGGGAUGAGACUGAAUUUUGGGAAGCUAGACCCCCUAUUUUCAUUGUGAACCAGCUUAUCUCUGAUACCUGUAAUAUUUCGCACUAAUGAAAUAAUACAGGUCUAUUUAUAAUAAAAAAACAUAUUUAGA